CGGACGGUACAAUAGGCUACCCACACGCAACGUUCAGCCUUUUCUUGAAUGCAUGUCCUCACGUGGCAUAAAUGAGAUAUGAACUACUGGUGAAUUUUUAACCUGUUCUCACAAAUCUUAAUAAAGCAGUGUAUUUUUUUUUUCUGGGGAGUCGGUGGUCGUUAGACGCGCACACAUCUCUUUGAUAUGGAUGUGUCACACUUUGCCAGUCUUUUAAAUGGCUAAAACCGGAGAUCUUCAGCCGACUGGACAUUGUUUGAGGAGUUAGAAGUUUUAUUUGUGUCUCGAACGACGCUUUCCACUUCGACAGCAAUUAUGACCGAGAACAAUGAGAUAGAGUUCGACUCGGAGCUCCAGCGCUCUCCAAGCAACAUGCCCAUCCAACCAAUGACUUCCAAGCUCCAGAGACUAAAACGCUCAUUGUCCUUCAAGACCAUGAUGCGCAGUAAGAGUGUGGAGAACUUCUUCCAGAGGUCCUACAGUGACGCUCGCCUGCCCCCGGAUUUCAUCACUGACCCGCCACCUCCAUCCCCCCCUCUGCUGCCUGGCUCACCCCUUGUUGACGACCGAUCGCCGUCCAUUUCACCAUCUCGCAGCCCCAACCCCUCCAUCGCCUCCCACUCCCCCUCGCUCAGCCUUUCUCCAUCACUGCCCACUAAGCCUCCCCGACCUCAGAUUACCCACUGUUUCCAGGACCAUGUCUUUCGAAAGCCCACCAACUGCCAGCACUGCAAGCACAUGAUUGUGGGAAACUCCAAACAAGCUCUACGGUGUAAAACAUGCAAGAUGGCCGCUCACCUGUGGUGCACCUCAGAGCUAUCGCAGCAGCUGUGUCAUGGGAAGUCGGGCGCGUUCAAGCGAAACUUCAGCUCGCCGAUGCUCGUCACCGACCAGUUGGCUGUUGUCAAGGAAGUUCAGCCAAGCCAAGAGGCUCCACGGAUGCGUGUAGACCCUGUGUAUGCCGCCUUGCGCUACGGGACGUCCUUGGCACAGAUGAGCCGCUCCAGUUUUGGCAGUUUGUCAGAAUCACCAACGCGCAGCUUGGGGGAGGGAGGAGAGGAGAGGCAGCAGAGACAGUCCAGCAUGGAGGAAGAGAUAACUCAGGAGACAGGGGACACUCCUGUCCCCGAGACAGAUAUUGAAAAGGAGGUAGAUGAGAGCAGUGAGCAGACUCAGACUCCUGCAGAGGAGAAGGUGCCCAAGCGCAUUGAAGUCCACUCCAUCCACACCUAUGUAGCGCUCUACAAGUUUCUGCCUCAGGAACCAAAUGACCUGGAACUACAUCCUGGUGAUCGGGUGCAGGUCACUGACGACUCUAAUGAGGAGUGGUGGAAGGGUAAAUGUGGCGACAGAGUCGGUUUUUUCCCUGCCAACUUUGUGCAAAGGGUCAGGCCCGGAGAGAGAGUGUGGCGGGUCAUUCAGGGUAAUCCAGGCAACCGAGAGAGAGGACACAUGGCUGUGAGGGAAUCCCAGAUUUGUGUGGGGAAACGAGAAGAGGGUGAGGUGUUUCUGAAGCUGAGCAGUGGAAAGAAGAAAGGGCUGGUCCCAGCUGACUCCAUAGAAGAGAUUUGAACCUUUGUGCACAACCGCCAUCUUUCCACAUCGACUUUCCCCAGGGAUGCACCCAUUUUAACCUCCCCUCCGUUCUCCUGUCGCAUUCCCUUGGCUAAACAACUGCUCCAGCCUUGCCGACUGGUCAACCAAACACAGAAAAACUAAACAGAAAAUACACACUUCUGCAAAGAUCUGGAACCACAGCCCCUCAUAAACACAUGGUUUCCAGCUCAGCUGGUUGAUUGUAAGCCUUUAAUAGAUGGGGCAGUUAUGCAAUUGCCUUGCUCUAGUUCCCUUGUAGGUUUAUCUUUUCAAACUCAAUAAGUCAGUGUUUAGUAGACAAAGGUGGUCGAAAAUGCUUUAAAAUGUCUGCUGGAUGCCAGCUCAGAUUUAGUUUUUUCCUCAUCAAAAAGACAUCUACCAACGUGGGAGGAGGCUGAAUCCUGUCAUGAGAACAUGAUGCUUCUAUCAGUGUCCUUUUCUUGUUUCUACCCACUCUGUGUGUCCUAUUCCUAUCUGCUAAUUUCAGGGUCUCUGCCCUGGGGACUGAUAUCAGCCUCAUGUAGACUGCUACACAACAAUAGGCACUUGCCAAGAACAACCACUGCCAACUAUGGAAAGCUACUGCCAUUUUGACAGACGGCUGAAUAAGAUGAAAGGAAUCUGAAAAUUGUCAGUAGUUUCUGGCUGAGUUGCAACUGCAUUCAACAAUUUGAGAGUGCAAAAUUAUUUUCGGUAUGAAAUGACAAUUCUCCAGCAUCCUUUAGCUACUGGUAUGAAGGCCUAUUGAACCCUGUGAACACAAAAAAGACUCAUUGUAUACCUUUUUGACUAUCUUCAAAACAGGAAAAUAAACUCCCAGGGAUUGCCUGAAUUUCUCCCUUUCUUUUAAGUAAAUGGCAUCCCCUAGCUGAAAAAUGUUGUGGUAGAUUAACAUACUUGUCCACUAUUCAGGCACUGCUGUGUUUGUCUAUCAUGCUUAUUUUGUUGUGUUAUUGUUUCACAAACAGAUGAAGUAGAAGAAAUCAAAGUUAGGAGGGAGGAAAAUCUGUCAAGGGAAAAAUAAGGGGGUUGGUCUUCACUUGUUUGAGAGGUUGCUGUGAGCACUGAGGAAGAAAAAUGUCAACAUCUACCAAGUUUAGAAGUUACAACUGGCAGAAGGUGUUCUGCUGUUUUCCGCAUGAAAGACCUUGGUGGGCACAAACCCGUUGGUUUCUGCAGGGACCUGCUGAAGAGCCUCAGCGGGAUGUUGCAAGUGUUGCCCAGAAUUUUAACAUGUUCACUAGAGCUUCAAAAAGGAGGGGAAAAAACUGUAGCCAGUCUGCCUGAAAAACAACAGCACAAUGGGGUUCUUUCUGACCAUGACAAGGAGUUUCACUGACAGCUUAGAGGAACACAGGAAAACAGGAGGAGGAGGAGGAGGAGGCUGCGCAGUGAAAGGAAUGACACGAGUGUUGAACCGUUAUGAGUCAGUGCACAUGCAGGUAGUGUUGUACCCAUGGAUACACGAGUCAUCAUUGAUCAAAUGUCAGCCUGUCAUCUCCAUCUUCUACUCCCCAUUUGGCCUCCUUUGUCCUUAUGUUAUUGAUGUGACUGGUCAGUUCUGACAUAAAGUUGAGGCUUUUUUUUUUUUUUCUUUUCAAUGUCAGUACACUUUGGAUGGUUUGGACUUCUACCCUUUCACUAAUUCAUUAUUAAUUUGACAGAUUUGACGUAUUUCUUUUUAUUUUAAAGUCCUUGUCCCUGAGUUAGAUACAUGUUUGCUUGUAGAAGACCAGGAAUGUGAAGGAAAUCUAGAACUGAAGGACAGAUUGCAUCAUUUGAAUGAUAAAUUAAAACAAAUACAUCCUGUUCAGAGUGCAAGGAUCUUGCUGAUUAGACUUUUUCUCCUUGUCACAACGACAGUAGCACUUAAUUUUGAGUCUUUAUUUUGAAUAAGCUGUAAUUUUGUAGAUGUGUCUCUACAAAAUGUAGUAGAAUGUAGAUGUUGUAUUCGAAUAUACUUUUAACUGCAACUUCACCCUGGAGCUCUUCAGCUCAUGGACUCAUGGUUUGUCUUAGUUGGCAGAGGGACAGCAGCAUAAACAAUACCAGACUCCUGACAGCAUAUUCCUGGGGGAAUAUGCUGUCAGAGUAUAACUGGAAGCAUGAUUUUUAUCCAUCUAAAACCGUGUUAUCAUGCAUCAUGUCUAGUUUCACAUAGCAUCACGUGUUCACACCUUAAAGACUUCAAAAUGUUAAAUAUGUGUUUGGAUGUUUCCAGAGUCCAGAUUCGUUGGUU